UGUGACCCCACUCUCGUCUUUCACACCAGUACACUGACUGAUUUUUACACCAUUCGAACUUAGUUUUUGUAAUUUUGACAGCUUCUCGGAAGAAAUGGCGACCAGUGAGGACGUGCGGGAAAAUGUGAAGAAAUACUACGGCAAGCGACUGGAGUCCUCGGGUGAUCUGCAGACAGGUGCCGCCUCCUGCGGAUCGUCCUGUAGACCAGCGCCCAGAAGUGUUACCGAAGCUCUGAGUGAGGUUCACCCUGAGGUGACCAAAAGGUUCUUCGGCUGUGGUCUUCCAUUUCCAGCAAAGCUCGAGGGCUGCAGAGUCCUGGAUCUCGGCAGUGGCUCCGGCAGAGACUGCUAUGCUUUUAGUAAACUGGUUGGGCCGAAUGGACACGUGACUGGGAUCGAUAUGACACAGGAGCUGAUCACAGCAGCUCGUCAGUAUGUUCAGUAUCAUCAAGAUAAGUUUGGCUAUAAGGAGCCCAACGUCACAUUUGUCCAGGGCUACAUGGAGAACCUCAACGAAGCUGGCAUUCAGAGUGACUCCAUGGAUGUAGUGAUAUCCAACUGUGUGAUCUGUCUAUGUGCUGAUAAAAGAGCAGUGCUGCAGCAAGCCUACAACGUCUUGAAGGAGGGAGGUGAGCUUUACUUCAGUGAUAUGUUUGCCAGUAAGAUCAUCCCUGAUCACAUGAAGCAAGACGCAGUCCUGUGGGGUGAGGGGAUGGGCGGCUCUCUGUUUUGGCCCGAUCUAAUCUCAUUGGCCCACAGCGUGGGUUUCAGCUCUCCACAUCUCGUCUCAGCGAGCCACAUUGUGGUCUACAACAGUGAGCUCAAAGCAAAAGCAGGCGACAUCAGUUAUGCUUCAGGCACUUACAGGCUCUUCAAGCUGCCCAGAAGUCCAGCGAUGUCAAACGCUACUGUGACCUAUAAAGGGACGUUGGCAGAAUUCCCAGAUCAGCUGGACUUUGAUUCCUCCCACUGCUUCAAGAAAGACGUAGCAGUGCAGGUAAACGGAGAGAUGGCAGCAAUCCUCCAGAGUUCCCGUUUCUCCUCCGACUUUAAAAUCCAGAUGUUGGAUAAACAGGAGUCCAAGUCGGAGACAACGCCAGAGUAUUGCCACCUCAACCCGUUUCUGCUGGCUGACAAACUGGGAUCCUCCAUGAAGCAGUGCUCUAAAACAAGCAAAUGAAGAGGCAAGUGGCUGAUCUGAAGGCUUAACACACAAUGUUAUUUUUGAAGUUUGGCUUUAUAAAGACAUAAUUUUACUAACUAAUGGAGACUCUUGUAGAUAAUCUCACAGAUCGUGGCCAGUGACGAGUCUCCAUAUUUUAUAUUUAGACAUUAAAAUGUAUUUUUGUAGAAAACACAAGUACGUUUCUCUGUAACACUAUCAACUCAGAGUUUGAGCUUCUUUAGGCUCAUGUCAUAAUUACCAUGUGAACAACAAAAUUUACAGAAGUGGAAAUAA